CUAUUCACGAAUCCGCGAAUCCUAUGGAGUCGAAUGUGCAGCUGCGAGCUUGAGUUACAAGUGGACCUAACUGAUGUAAUGAUCGUUACCAUAAUCCGUUGUCACUAAUUAGUUUAUUAACGGUGCAUCGAACGAUCAACAGUUACAUCGUAGAGAUUAAUGUCAACCAGUGUCAACAGCCGGUCAGUGUCAUUGAUCGUGGAUAAUUUAUACAUAUGUAUACAUUCACAUGUAAUUGUGCGGAUAAAAUAAUAUAAUAUGGAGGUUUUGGAUCCGACUUUAUCCAGGGAUGACCAACCGUUGUUUAUAAACGACAUACGAGUAAAUGGCAAAGUUAAUAACACACCCAGCCAUGGUGUCGAGGAUACAAAAUCAUGUAUCAAGGCAAGAUAUACCUUUGGUUUCAUGGGAUUUCUGGGAUUUACUCUUGUUUAUGCCAUGCGGGUGAAUCUGUCAAUUGCCAUUGUCUCGAUGGUUAAUCAUACUGAAACAGCCAAUGAUAGUGAUGCAGAUAAUAAUACAGACUUUUGUCCCAGACUACCACCUACCAACGGCACUUUCAUACCGAGUGCAGGAGAAUUCGACUGGGAUGAAAAGACCCAAGGUAUUAUAUUGGGUGCCUUUUUCUUUGGCUAUGUAUUGACCAAUGUGCCUGGUGGUCGAUUAGCUGAAAUAUAUGGAGGAAAGCUUAUUUAUGGUUUAGGAAUUUUCUUUACCGCAUUGCUAACUAUUAUCAGUCCUUUUGCUGCUUAUUGGGGGGUUGUACCUUUCGUUAUAGUGCGCGUGGCGGAAGGAUUUACAGAGGGUGUUACUUUUCCUGCAAUGCACAGUAUGCUGGCACGUUGGGUUCCCCCAUUGGAAAGGAGUAAAUUUGCUGCCUACGUGUACGCAGGAUCAAACUUUGGGACAGUCAUAUCAUUACCUGUGAGUGGGUGGCUGUGUUCGCUUGAACUUUGGGAUGGUUGGCCUCUCGCCUUCUAUUUUUUUGGGGGCUUGGGCAUCGUGUGGUACGUUUUCUGGUUAUUGUUUGUAUAUGACACACCUGCACAGCACACUCGAAUCGAUCCCCAAGAAAGAGCAUUUAUCGAAGCAUCCAUAGAGCCAGCAUAUGAGGGUGAAGAUUUAGGUGUCCCCUGGCUGGCCAUCUUUGGCUCACUGCCAAUGUGGGCCAUCGCUGUUACACAAUGUGGCCAAUCCUGGGCAUUCUACACUCUGCUCACAGAACUUCCAACAUACAUGGAUCGAAUUUUACAUUUUGACAUGCAACAGGACUCUUACUUGUCGCCACUCCCGUACCUCAGUGCAUGGAUAGUUGGCUUAGGAGUAUCGUUUUUGGCUGACGCACUAUUAGCUCGAGGUUUCCUAACACCUCUUAACUCGUUCAAAUUUUGGAAUACAAUUGCUUCCUUGGGUCCCAGCUUGAGUUUCCUUGGAGCAAUCUGGGCAGGCUGCGAUCGUAUGACUGUCCUGAUGAUGUUAGCUGGAUUUGGGUCAUUGCAGGGAGCCGUGUAUGCCGGAAAUCAGAUGAACCACAUCGCUCUUGCUCCUCGAUAUGCAGGGACUUUGUACGGCAUAACAAAUGCAGCUGCGAAUACCUGUGGAUUUUUGGCACCCUAUGUUGUUGGAAUUAUUGUGGAGGGACAUGAAACUUUGGCACGUUGGCACCUGGUAUUCUGGCUAGCAGCUGGAAUAAAUAUGGCAGCUAAUGCCUUUUACUUGAUUUUUGCAUCUGCCAAUGAGCAGCCAUGGAGUAAAGGGCGCAGUUAACGAUGUACUCAGCUAAAACCAAUAAUCAUCUGAAACCUGGUGCACAAAUAGCAGUUUCAGGUUGAUAUUUACUCAUUUUUAUAAUGUGAUAGAACCCGUAUAUAUUUAUAUAUACAUUCAUUCACAUAUGCAUGUAUAUAUAGGCAUACAUGGUUAGUUAGAAAAUUUAUCAGAUGCUGUGAAUCGUGGAUCCCGAAAUAUGUAGUAUGCCUAAUCCGUACUACUAGAAUAAUUGAUCGAUUGUGCCGACACUAUAUUAGGUUCAAUAAUCGACGCUAAUACUUUGAGCUGAAUUUAUUGUCGGACUGUCGAUGAGUGAUUCAAAAACUGCAGUCAUACUGUCGGUUUUGAAUUUGUGCUUUUUGGAACUAGAAUUGUUGCGAUUAUCGUAGAUCAUCUUUCACACAACUAUUCCUGGACGCAUGUCACACACUUCUUAGAAACUCGAAUCUUCAACAAACUAUUUUAAUCUUUAGGUCUCUGUUAAUCUCAUGCAUUGUCACUGUUAUUUUCGACCAUGACUUCACAGGGUAUAGAUUGUACAUCCCAGAAAUAUAUGCAGUAGUCCUUUGACUUAAAAUAUUCAUCAGUGUAGGUAAGUCUGAGAAAAUUAAUGAUAUAAUCGAAAGUCACUACAUGACAAAGUAACAUUCCAGUCGCCAUGAAUUUUCCUGCUUAUUUUUCCAAAGAUCUUCAGUCGUUAUUUUUAACUGAUGGGGUACUAAAUUUGGCAAAGGAAAGUACAAGAUGAAAAAUUUGUAGUAAAAUAAAAAAUAUUUUUAUUGCGCAUAA